AUGGAUGAUGCAAUUCUAGAACUGCCAUUUGAGGAUUCACUGACUCGUGAAUCUGGAUGCAAGGUGCACCAUGCCAAUAUCCAAGCCUCAAAGGCGGUGGCUGACAUAAUUCGGACUACGUUGGGUCCAAGAUCUAUGUUAAAGUUGCUUCUUGAUGCUUCAGGAGGAAUUGUGGUCACAAAUGAUGGGAAUGCCAUUCUACGUGAGUUAGAUUUGGCUCACCCAGCUGCGAAGUCUAUGAUUGAAUUAAGCCGAACACAAGAUGAAGAAGUUGGUGAUGGAACAACUUCAGUCAUUGUUCUUGCUGGUGAGAUGCUUCAUGUUGCGGAAGCUUUCAUUGACAAGAACUAUCAUCCUACAGUGAUUUGCCGAGCUUACAAUAAAGCUCUUGAGGAUGCUAUUGCAGUGCUUGACAAGAUUGCUAUGACCAUUGAUGUUAAUGAUCCUGGUGAGAUGCUUCAUGUUGCGGAAGCUUUCAUUGACAAGAACUAUCAUCCUACAGUGAUUUGCCGAGCUUACAAUAAAGCUCUUGAGGAUGCUAUUGCAGUGCUUGACAAGAUUGCUAUGACCAUUGAUGUUAAUGAUCGUAUCACUAUGUUGGGGUUAGUGAAGAGCUGUAUAGGCACCAAAUUUACUGGCCAAUUUGGUGAUCUGAUUGCUGAUUUAGCACUUGAAGCAACCACAACAGUUGGUGUUGAUCUUGGCCAAGGUAUACGAGAAGUGGACAUUAAGAAGUACAUAAAGGUUGAGAAAGUCCCUGGCGGCCAGUUGGAGGAUUCCAAGGUUCUCAAAGGAGUUAUGAUCAACAAAGAUGUUGUCGCCCCUGGCAAAAUGAGGAGAAAAAUUGUCAAUCCUCGAAUUAUUCUACUUGAUUGCCCUAUCGAAUACAAAAAAGGGGAGAGUCAGACAAAUGCAGAGUUGGUCAGAGAAGAGGACUGGGGAGUCCUACUUAAAAUGGAGGAAGAAUACAUUGAGAAUCUCUGUGUGCAAAUAUUGAAGUUCAAACCCGACUUGGUCAUAACGGAAAAAGGGAUUAGUGAUCUGGCAUGCCAUUUCUUUAGUAAAGCUGGAGUCAGUGCAAUCAGGAGAUUGAGGAAAACAGACAACAAUAGAAUUGCCAAGGCAUGUGGGGCUGUCAUUGUCAGCAGACCAGAUGAACUUCAAGAAUCAGAUGUAGGAACUGGGGCUGGACUUUUUGAGGUCAAGAAGAUUGGAGAUGAGUUCUUUGCAUUUAUUGUUGAGUGCAGAGAUCCUAAAGCAUGCACUGUUCUUUUGCGAGGUGCUAGCAAGGAUCUUUUGAAUGAAGUUGAACGGAAUUUGCAGGAUGCCAUGUCUGUUGCCAGGAACAUCAUAAAGAAUCCAAAACUUCUCCCUGGCGGUGGUGCUACAGAGUUAACUGUAUCUGCUACACUGAAGCAAAAGAGCUCAUCCAUUGAAGGCAUUGAAAAGUGGCCUUAUGAAGCUGCUGCAGUAGCAUUUGAGGCUAUUCCACGUACUCUAGCACAAAAUUGUGGUGUCAAUGUCAUUAGGACCAUGACUGCCCUGCNACUAUAA